AUGUUUAAACAACUUGGAUCUCUUCUCAGUAGGAAGAGGGUGAGGCUGAACAAAUCAUCAAUAAAUUCCCUCUUCCAUUUUGAUAACUGUCAACAAUCAAAAGGUUUGCCAAAUUAUCAUGAUCGGAAAUUUUCAACAAUUUUCAACAAACAAUUUAACAAGGAUGAAAAUAAUACCGAACCUGAUUUUUAUACAACACAAGUUACUAAAGAACAGCUUGUCAAAAUAAUUGAUCUCAAAGUAGUGCUUUCUUCCCCUGCAUUUGAUAAAACUAGACUUGAUCAACUUGACCAGAAAAUCAAAAAGAAUCAAAGAGAAUUCCCUGAGAAAGCUCUUCCUUCUGAAAUUUUGGGCGAAUUGGUGAAAGGUAUCAUGGACUUUUCCAUAUUUAUGUUUGUAAAUCGUUCAAUGGAACAAGAUAAAUACGAGCUAAUUGAGAAUUUAGAUGAGAUGAAGAGACAGGCCGUUUAUUUAAUGUUGAAAUUCUCAACUUUUAAUUGUUUAUUGAUUAAGGGAGUUUAUCAAGAGUGGUUUAGUUUUGAAGAUUUGAAAAAUAUGUAUCCUCCUGUUUCGCAUGGAAUAGAUAUUGAGGGAAAGGAUAUUGUAACAAUAUGA